AUAAUAGCUUUUUUGGCUAUUUCCUUCAAAACAUCAUUUAAUAGGAUGCCAAGUAUGAGGACUUAAUACCCAGUUUUUUGUCAACCUGUGGUGCAGUAAUCAAGAGUACCAAAAAUUAUAUUUUAACUCUUAUAUUUUUUUAAAGAGUUCUUAGUUCUGCAGGGUUUAAAAUAAAAUGUUAUGAAAACACCAUGCAAAAUGUUACAGAUACUUUUUUAAAGUGCAUGAUUGACAACUAUAUUUUUUUGUCCUUCAUAUUCAAUAGAGCUGAGGAAUUAUUCUGAAAGGCUUUUUGUUUAGUCACAAGUUUUGCAAAGGAAUAAGUAAUAACAUGCCCAUAUUGUAUAAGAAAAUUGAUAUUACAUGGACUUUGAUUUGCUAUUGGAGCUUACCUCAGAAAACCUCAGAAUUUAAAGGGAAUAAUGAAAUCACACACUGGCAGCAGUUGGUAUGAGCACGAACAUUUAACUGGCUUCAAACUUUUCCUUUUCCUGAAAAUGUAGAAGUAAUACUUGUGUUAUUAGGAUGGAUGUUGGUGUUUUUUGCAGACAGCUUUUAGAACUCCAUAGCAAGUGUACUUUGGAGACUGUAGGAACAUAUGCUAUCCUAUGAAAAUCAGUGUUCAGAACUAUGCAUACUGAACUCUGUACCAAGGAUACAUAGUGUGUAAAACCGAAACUGGACUUCAUGUCAUGUUUUGUUUAAAUUUAGCCUAAUCUGCCUUUGAGAAGAUUAAGAGGCUUAAGUCAUUUUAAUGACUUAAUGCUUACGUACAUCUUUUUAACUACUUCACUGAAACAUCUUAAAUCUUUCAGCUUGAUUAAAGUUUUGCUUUUCCAUCUCCUGGCUGCAGUAUCUGGCCAUAGCUUAAACGUUUUGUAUUCAAACACUCAGAACUUGGUAACCUUACCUGCUGAUGGUAAACAUUCCAAACACUGUUGCCUUUAAUUCCUUCAAAAUUUAUACUUAUGCUUAAUAGCUGUACCUACUGAGUAGAGUAAAAUUUACAAUCUUAUGUCUCUGAGAGCUUUUUUUUAAAGAAGGCAAGUUUGGCAUCACCGAUUUGAAAAGGUGACAUCUGACCUUCAUGUAUUUUUGAUUUUUAUUCCACCUUCCACAGUUUUCUUUGUUACACCGUUUCUUGAUCUGUUUUAGCUGAUUUCUUUAAUCGCUUCUGUAUGGGUUUUCUGUUUCCUCACCAAAAACAUGAAUGAGAAAUUGAAAGAACUCCUAGAUUUUUUACAUACAAUCAAAAGCAUCCAACAGAAGGGAGUAGAGAAUAAAAACUAGAAGAAAAUGGAACUGAAAUGAACAGAUACUAAGCCAGUGGUAAUUACAGGGUGAGUGAGUUGUGGUAUACUUAAUAAGCAGUUCAGAUUGAAAAUUUAUGCCAAGUAAGGAGCUAUAAGAGCAUUUGUAAUGCAAAUUUAUGAUCACUAAGUUAUAGUUCCUAAGAUACCACACAUACUUCAAAUUACUUGCUUUAGGAAUUUUCAAUUACAGAGCUCAGGCAGACAUAUCAGGAAAAAAAUAUUAAUCACUGGAAGAUUUGCUUUGCCUUAGCCAGACCAUUGUCACUGAGGUACAUCAACAUGCUCUUCUGAUCUCCUGGGUUGGAAGCCAAGAGGAGCUUCUGCUGACCUGCCCUUGGAGCACACUUCACUGCACUUCUAGAUGAUAUUAACUGUGUUUCUGAGCAACAAUGAACAGAUUCUGACAGAAGUUCCAAUUACACCGGAAACAACCUGUCGCGAUGUAGUGGAGUUCUGCAAAGAGCCUGGAGAAGGAAGCUGCCAUCUGGCUGAAGUAUGGCGUGGAAAUGAGCGCCCCAUACCCUUUGAUCACAUGAUGUAUGACCACCUACAGAAGUGGGGGCCCCGCAGGGAAGAGGUGAAAUUUUUUCUUCGUCAUGAAGAGUCACCAGCUGAAAGCAAUGAACAGAGUGGACGUCAAGCCCAAAAUCAAAGAAAUGGUAUAAAUAUACCAGUGGAGAAACGAACAGAGAAUGGGGUUGGGAAUCCACGUGUUGAGCUCACUCUUUCUGAACUGCAAGAUAUGGCUGCCCGACAACAGCAACAGAUUGAAAAUCAACAGCAAAUGUUGGUUGCUAAGGAGCAACGUUUGCGUUACCUGAAGCAGCAAGAACGUCGCCAGCAGCAAUCUGUUUCUGAGAGUGAAAAGCUCCAAAAACUUAAAGAACGUGUUGAAACCCAAGAGACAAAGCUGAAAAAAAUCCGUGCCAUGAGAGGACAAGUGGACUAUAGCAAGAUGAUGAAUGGCAAUUUGUCAACUGAAAUUGAGCAUAUAAGUGCCAUGUUCCAGGAAAAGCAGCAGGAACUGCAGGCUGCAGUGUUAAAAGUGGAUCAACUCACUCAGCAACUGGAGGAUUUAAGGAAAGGGAAACUGAAUGGGUUUCAGUCUUACAAUGGACAAAUGACAGGGCCUGCAGCAGUAGAAUUAAAAAAGUUGUAUCAAGAGCUACAGAUCCGUAACCGGCUUAACCAGGAGCAGAACUCCAAGCUCCAGCAGCAGAAAGAACUCCUGAACAAACGCAAUAUGGAGGUGGCCAUGAUGGACAAGAGAAUCAACGAGCUGCGUGAACGACUGUACAAGAAAAAAGUUGAGGCACGUCAAAAAGAAAACAUUCCUUUGAAUCGAAUUAAUGGAACUUCAUCACCCCAGUCAUCCCUGAGUGCUUCAGGAAGGGUGGCAGCAGUAGGACCUUACAUCCAAGUUCCAAGUGCUGGCACUUAUGCUGUACCAGUAGAUCCAGUUAAGCCACAGUCUCUCACCAUUGCUCCCAACUCAACGCACGGAAGAUCAAAAUCUGAGACAGACUGUGGGUGUGUGAAAAAAUCUCCAGACACCUGGAAGGUUUCUGAUUUAGACAUAAUAGUGGAUCCUAUUCUGUCACCUCCCACUUCUCUUCAGUCUGCUGUUCACAAUGUCAUCCGCCUGGCACCUACUCUGUUUGACACCCAGCACUCUAAUGAUGGAAAUUGGCCGAUACUCAAACAGAGCUCAGCCCCUGUGGUGAAACCCCCUCAGAUCUCCAACACAGACUGGAAAGAAUCAAGCAUGGAUACUGCUUUAAAACAAGGAACUAUAUCCAGCCAGCCUUUGCCAACUUCAGUAUUAGGAAGUACUGAUAAGCUGGGUCUUGACCUGGGGAAGGUGCCACCAACAGUUCCUGGUGUAAGCAAGCAGCUGCCUCAGAACUAUGGGACCUAUCCAAGCCCAGUUCCUUUAGGAACAGGUUCUACAAACUCUCUAGAAAGAAGGAAGGAUGGCAGCCUGCCCAGACCUGGCACCAGUAUAGCAAAUCGGCAGAGGCCGGUUCCGCUCCCGCCGCCCAGCAACGUGCACCAGCCCAGCUCCUCUCAGCAGAUCCAGCAGAGAAUUUCUGUCCCUCCCAGCCCCACGUAUCAACCCUCUGGUCCCCCCUUGUUCCCAGGAGGAGAGGGCAGGCCAGAACUGCCUUUGACUGUGGCAAUCAGACCUUUUCUCGCUGAUAAAGGAUCCAGACCUCAGUCUCCCAGAAAAGGGCCACAGACAGUGAACUCCAGUUCCAUCUACUCAGUGUAUCUUCAGCAAGCAACACCACCAAAGAAUUACCAACAAGCUGUGUACAAUACUUUAAAUAAGUCAGUAAAAGCAGUUUAUGGAAAGCCUGUAUUACAGUCUGGUUCAACCUCUCCCUCACCCUUGCCAUUCCUUCAUGGCUCUUUGCCUGCCCAGUCUCCCUCACAGCCACAAUCUCAGCCUCAGAAUGAGGUCACUGAAAAAGAUCAAGAGCUGGAAAAUGCUCCACCACCCAGUGAAAACAGCAAUGUGGAAAACAUUCCCCGUCCUCUCAGUCCUACUAAGCUCACCCCUAUUGUGCACUCGCCCCUACGGUAUCAGAGUGAUGCUGACCUCGAGGCUCUGAGGAGAAAAUUGGCCAAUGCUCCGAGGCCGUUAAAGAAACGCAGCUCCAUCACCGAGCCAGAGGGCCCGAGUGGACCAAAUAUACAAAAAUUAUUGUACCAGCGCUUUAAUACCCUGGCUGGAGGGAUAGAAAGUGCUCCUUUUUAUCAGCCAAGCAAUCCACAGGACUUCAUAGGCAACUUAGCUGACGUUGAUAAUGGGAACGCCAGCACCAAUGGCAAUAUUGAAGAACCAAUCCCCGUGCAACCUACGGUUCCUGUCCCUGAUGAACCACCCCCUUCGUCUGAUGCCAAUGACAAUGAGUUACCUUCUCCUGCUACUGAAGAGUUGAUAAGCACUGAAACCACAAAUCAAACACCUGAGACAACUGAAGACAACAACAACAACCUUUCUAUAGUUCCUUCUACUGAGCAGUCACCCAGUCCCUCACCAGAGGUCAGUUCUCCAGUAGAAGAAGAAGCUCCUUUGCCACCUGCUCUUCCUCCUCCACUUCCUCCAACAAAACGUACCAACUUGAAGAAACCCAACUCAGAAAGAACAGGUCAUGGUUUGAGAGUGAAGUUCAAUCCCUUGGCUCUCCUCCUAGAUGCUUCUUUGGAGGGUGAAUUUGAUCUGGUACAACGAAUCAUAUAUGAGGUUGAUGAUCCCAGUAAACCAAAUGAUGAAGGCAUUACACCUUUGCAUAAUGCAGUGUGUGCUGGUCAUCAUCACAUUGUGAAGUUCCUACUUGAUUUUGGUGUAAAUGUAAAUGCAGCAGAUAGUGAUGGCUGGACACCCUUGCAUUGUGCAGCUUCUUGCAAUAGUGUUCAUCUCUGUAAACUACUGGUUGAAUCUGGGGCAGCUAUUUUUGCUUCAACUAUAAGUGAUAUAGAAACUGCUGCAGACAAGUGUGAGGAGAUGGAAGAAGGUUAUAUUCAGUGUUCCCAGUUUUUGUAUGGAGUGCAGGAGAAGCUGGGAGUGAUGAAUAAAGGGGUGGUGUAUGCUCUGUGGGAUUAUGAAGCCCAGAACAAUGACGAGCUGUCAUUCCACGAGGGCGAUGCCAUCACUAUCCUGAGGCGCAAGGAUGACAAUGAAACGGAGUGGUGGUGGGCCCGCCUCAAUGACAAGGAAGGCUAUGUGCCUAAAAACCUCCUCGGGUUAUAUCCACGAAUAAAACCUCGACAGCGAACCCUUGCUUGAAUUCAGUUGUACGACAGUGCAGUACCAUGCUGGCAACUGGAAACUUAGAACAUAACACUGGAGCCAUCAUUUUUUGGUCAUUUCACACAGAGAAAUAAAACUAUGAUAUUUAGUUUUAAUGGUGCUUUCUCUUGUUAAAUGGACAGCAUCCACGAUUUCCAAGAUCUGCAGUUUGUAAACGAGGAUUGUUUGUGUGACCAGCACUGAGGAGGAGAGCGAGACCUCCGCUACUGCCAGUGCUGUGCCAGCUCUCGUCUAACGCGGUGUUUGAGUCAGAGUUCCGUGGUAGGAGCUUCCUUGUGUUCCGUGUUCAGAGGUGUCAUUUGCAGAGUGCAGAUGCACUGUCCAGUUUGCUCCAACCCCCCACAGCAACUGUCCCAUGUCGGGAUUUUGGAUAUUUCUGUUCCAUACCAGUGAAUGUUGAGUUCUCAUUACAGAUCAACUCUUUGGGUUCUAGGACACAUCUUCACCUGUUACAUGCAUAAUUAAGUAGUUACCAAAGCUUGGUGAAGGCUAGGAUUUUAGGUGGCAAGACGGUAAACACUUAAAUCCUAGUCUGGACAACCCCAACAAAAGCUUUACCUAGUCUAGCAACUUGCAGUAUUUGCAUUUAGAAUCAAGCUAGAGAACUAACAAAAACCAACAGUAUUUGUACACUUCUCAAAGUCCCUACGCAAUAUUUCACUUGGUGUUUUAUUUUCUUAUUAUUCAGCCUACAGCACCGGUGUUACCUCUACGAAUGUAAAGGUUCCCCUACUAACCCCCCGAGCUCGUCCAGCCUGGACACAACAGUUAGUACUGAAGUUGCAGCAGCUUAAGGGAUUUGUAUGUCUGCAGGGAUGAAAGUGCAAUAGUUGAAAAGGGUAAGAGUCUGGUAAGGAUUAUACUGUGUCACCCGAAGUCUGCCUGAGUCAGUCUAGAAGAAAAUAUGAAGGACUGGAUAGAUGUAGAGAAAGAGGGUCGUGUAGAUGACAAGUCGAGGAGAAGAAAGAAACAAGGUUUAGAGAAGGAUUUAAGAAAGGCAAUAGCUUAUUUGAGGACAGUUUCUGUGGUUCUUGGCAGCCUAAAACUGCUGCCAAGGCAAGUUAUGCAAUAACCUGUUCCACUACAUUGUAGUUUCAAGCAAAAAAGAAAAACCCCACAAACAGGCACUUCACUGGAAUUUUAAUUGUACAUGAUUUUAUAUACCAAAAGUAUAUUUUGAAUUUCCCAUUAUAAGUUUUAGCCAUAUUUCUUGUAAUUUUCUCCCAUUUAACAGUAUGCAAUUUGAUUAACUCUUCAUGUACAAGUUCUGUGUAUAAUUUAUAUAUCCAUUUCUGCAGUGCUGUAACUUGCUUUUACCACAGGUCAGCAUUAACUGUAUAUAUUGUGGUGAAAAGUGAAAGGGUAUUAUUGUUGAAGAGUUUGCUACAUGAAUGUGAUGAUUUCAAGAGCCUAUGAUACACUAAUUCAGAGAACAUGUAAAUGUGCACAAUAAAGUACUGCUAAGGCA